GGCUAUCUUGAACUGCUGCCGGUGCUCUGUUCCACUGGGCUCUGCGACUCAAAAAGCCUUACUCCCGAUUGGUGGGGUGGGGGCGUGAAUUGAACCAAUUUAGAAAAUGCAGAUGGUAACAUUAACAGCAGCCAAUCAACCCGCAGCACCUCCAAAAACUUCAUUUUUGGGCCGCCGAGAGCUCUGCUUUGACGGCAUUUCGUCCAUUUGCUGCUCUGACCAACCCUCCUCAGAUGACGCCGCUAUGGCUUCUGCCUCUUCUGACCCUCAAACUCCAAAUUCUCCGGCUGUUAAAACUGAACAAGGCCAGUGCAAAGAUUUGAGUGGGCGCCUUGUGGGGAAAAUCUUCCCCGUCACAACACGCCGGACUUUGUUUGCUAGUCUAUCCAUGUAUUUGGGUUAUCAUCCUUCAAGGUACUUCUCAGCAUAUGCAUUGGGGGAUCCAUCAGUGACAGUUGAACAAGUGACACCACCUGUUUUUCCUUCUGGGCCACUUUUUCCUUCCGAGGAAAGAAUUGUGCAACUCUUUGAGAAGAAUACUUAUUCAGUGGUCAACAUCUUUGACGUAACUCUUCGUCCUCAACUUAAUUUGUCUGGUGUGGUUGAGGUCCCUGAGGGAAAUGGUUCUGGCAUUGUUUGGGAUGGACUGGGGCACAUUGUCACUAACUAUCAUGUGAUUGGCAAUUCUCUUUCAAGAAACCCAAGCCGAGGACAAGUUGUUGCACGAGUCAAUAUUCUUGCUUCAGAAGGAGUGCAAAAGAACUUUGAGGGCAGGCUGAUUGGUGCAGACCGAGCAAAGGAUCUUGCUGUAUUAAAGGUAAAAUCCUUCUUUAACAACCAGGAGAAUUUCUGUGAGUCCUCUAAAUUAUCAACUAGAUUAGUUAAAAACCUACAUAUCAUUGGAAAUCCAUUUGGUUUUGAUCAUACACUUACAGUUGGGGUCAUCAGUGGUCUAAAUCGAGAUAUAUUUAGUCAAACUGGAGUUACUAUUGGUGAUGGAAUCCAGACUGACGCUGCCAUCAAUCCUGGAAACAGUGGAGGUCCUCUGUUGGAUUCAAAAGGAAGUUUAAUUGGGAUUAACACGGCAAUAUUUACUCAGACAGGGACAUCUGCUGGUGUUGGGUUUGCAAUCCCAGCAUCUACUGUGUCGAAGAUAGUGCCUCAGCUUAUUCAACGUGGCAAAGUUGUUCGAGCUGGUUUAAAUAUUGAAUUUGCUCCAGACCCAGUUGCAAAUCAACUCAAUGUUCGAAAUGGAGCUCUGAUUUUGCAGGUACCUCAAAAUAGUCUUGCCGCCAAGGCAGGUCUUGUAUCCACAUCGAGAGGCUUUGCUGGCAACAUCAUUCUUGGUGAUAUAAUUGUGGCGGUGGACAAAAAACCUGUUAGGAGUAAGUCAGAGUUAAAUAAAGUGCUAGAUGAUUAUAAUGUCGGAGAUGAAGUUCUCCUGCAAAUACGAAGAGGCAGUGAGACUGUGGAGUUGCCUCUAGUUCUAGAGGAGACGGCUUGAUGCAAAGCUGUGACUUCCAAGUUUUCCAGUACGUAGAGAUCGAUAUAACUUAUAUUUGCUCCUGUUGAUUCAACCAUUGAUGGUAAAGGAUCCAUAGCGGAUUGGACAAAAGAAACUUGUAUUUUCGUUUUUGCAAGGGGAAUGGAAUCCAUACAUGGUUGUUUAACGUAGCGACACUUGCAAGUGUAAAUGAGUAAUUAUAUAUAUAUUUCUCCGGUUAUCGACUUCUA